AUGCAUCGUCCUUGUCCUGAUGACUGUGAAUUCAACCAUUUAAUGAUUUCCUUGUUAAUGAUGAGAGUGAAAGCUUUAUCAUCAGAGCAUAAUCAAUGGGAAAACAGAAAUCCUGAAUUAGUUUUUGACAGUCCAAAUGUACUGUUAUCAUUAGGAAAAGAAGAGUUGCAAAACGUAAAGGAGGAUCUUGAAAUGCUGCUCUCUGCAGUUCAGGCAAAGAAUAAGCAACUGGAAGAAGAUCUGGAAAGAGAACAGCAGUGGGAAGAUGAACAGAAAGAGAUACUACAUUGUCUUGCUGGAAUUAAAGAAGAGAUAAAAAAGCAAGUUGAAAUAGCUUCCAUGAGAAGGUAUUUUUACAAGUAAAGCUCAUUGAAUGAAUUGCAAAGCGAAGUGUGCACACUACAGAUACAUAAAGAGAAACUCUUGACUGAUUUUGCUGAAUUCCUAGGAAAACAUUUUCCCCAUCCGGAGAAAGGCAGAAAGGCAAGAAAGCAGCAAUUUCAUGAAGAGCCAGAAGUAGAACUGAUAACACUGCAUCAAAUUUUAGAGGUUCUUAUGAACAAAUUAUUGAACACACCACAUGAACCAUAUGUAAUGAUCACCGACUCAUUUUGGCCACCUUAUAUAGAGCUGCUGCUGCGAUACGGAAUUGCUCGGAGACAUCCAGAAGAUGCAAGCAGAAUACGUCUGGAAGCCUUUCACCUGUAG